AUGAAUGCUGAAAUGCUGUCUUUUAUGAAAUUAGUGGUAGUCUAUGGCGCAUUUGGGUCACUGGCAUCGGGUGAUGAUUCUCGAGUUAUGUCAGAAAAAGUGCAGCUUUUAGCAUCAUCCAUAUAUAAAGAAUUCGAAGCGAUGAUCCAAAAAAGUGGCGAAGAUUGUGUUAAGAAUUUGAUGCCAUUAGUUGUCAAUGUAUUGGAAAGUUUGGACUUGGCUUACUUAGAAAAGGAGGAAUAUUCAGUCGAUUUAGAAAUGCUAAAAGAAGAUAAUGAACAACUAAUGACACAGUAUGAACGAGAAAAACAACUACGGAGAACGCAAGAUCAAAAAUGCCUUGAGAUCGAGGAUGGUCUUAUGGAGCAAAUUCGAAAUUUGGAAAGUAAAAUUGAAUCAUUAGAAUCGAUAAUGCGUAUGUUGGAACUAAAGGCGAAAAAUGCGUCAGACCAUGCAUCACGUUUAGAAGAACGUGAAGCAGAUCAAAAGGCUGAAUUCGAUAAACUGCAUGACCGAUACAAUGUGUUAUUGAGAACACAUAUCGACCAUAUGGAGAGAACGAAAUAUUUGAUGGGUAGCGAUAAGUUUGAGUUGAUGCAAAAUAUGCCAUUACCUUCUUAUCACCUUCGAAAUAAGAUGGGAAUGGCUGCUUCAGUUGAUGCAUCUUCGAUUCGUGGUGUUUCUGAUUUAAUUAGUGCACACAUGUCGCAGAGUAUAACAGUGGAUGUUAAUUUGGCUAAUCAUAUCAGUAAUGAAGCCGAUUGGCAAGAGGAAUUUGGGCAAACUGGUACCGAAAUUUUGCAAUCGCCUCGUGAUGAUGCUUUAUCAGUGGCAGAGUCACCUCGAAAUGAAGCAACUGAAGCAACUCAGGAAAAUACUGUUGUUCCAGGAGCGGUUGAAACGUAUUACGACGCUGACGACACUUUAGGAGCUGAUCUUACAGGGGCCAUAGUCGAUCCAGCAGAAUUUGCAUCAGCUGUUAAUGACACUUUCAUUGGAAUGGGUCGUGAAGUCGAAAAUCUAAUAAAAGAAAAUUCGGAAUUAUUGGAAACGAAAAACGCUCUGAAUAUUGUUAAAAAUGAUUUAAUCGCUCGUGUUGAUGAACUUAGCAGUGAACACGAUAUUUUGCGUGAGGAAGUCAGAAGUCUAGAGAUGGUUCGAUCAAAAAUGGCAGAAAGAAUUAAAGAACUGGAAUUUGAAGUACGCGAGCUUAAAGAGAAAGUCGAAGAAAAAGUUGAUGAUGAAGAAAAUGUACCAAUGGCACAGCGUAAAAGAUUUACGAGGUUAGAGAUGGCACGUGUUCUCAUGGAACGCAAUCAAUAUAAAGAAAAACUUAUGGAACUUCAAGAAGCUGUUAAGUGGACUGAACUACAACGUGCAAAGCGCUUGAGCGUAAUGAAUGCGAAAAGGAGUGGUGGUAUAUGGGAAUUUUUCUCAGGUCUUUUUUCGCAAACACCAACAAAUAAUGCGAAUCGACAUCGCAGAGGUGGUGGUAGUGAUCCACUUUCUCGACGAAAACCUAUAAAAACUGUAGAUUUCAUCGAUACUGACAUAACAUCCGAAAAAAGGGCCACUGAAAGACGGCAGCAAUAUAAAAUUGUUCGUGAACAUGUGAAAAAAGAGGAAGUAGGAAGAGUACAUGCAUAUGGUUGGUCUGUCCCGAUUAGUGUCACCGAGAAAAAUGAGUUCAUACCAGUCCCCGUAUUUUGUCGGCCAUUAAUGGACAUAGAACCAUCUUUAAAGAUAUGGUGCGCUUCAGUGGUGACAUUACGAGGCGGUCGCACACGUGAUGGAGGAUACAUCGUUGGACAUUCCGUCUUUUAUUCACAGCCGAAAACACCUCGUGAAGAAGAGCCCCCAUUUGAGAAACCGGUAGAACGACUUGACUUCGAACUUAGGGAAGCGAUUCGUGAGGCUGAUGAAAUGGAGAAAGUUACAUGGGAAGCAUCAAGCUUGCUUUGGGUUUGUAGCUCAAAUCAAGGUCAAAGUUGUGCCACCAUUUUGGAUUCGAGCAAUCCUAACAGUGUUAUUGAUGCGUUUCCAGUUUGCUCUGCGCAUAUUUUAUGCGUUACUUCUGUUCCGGGUGUCCAAGAAACUGAUUAUCCUGGGAAUGGUGAGGAAAUUAUCGAUCAAAAUCAAAUCGUUCGUGAUGGUGGUUAUUUUACUGAUCUACCACCGAAUGCGAUGGAACUAGAAGAAUUUGGAGCUGUUCGUUGGAUUGAGCUCAAAAAAUUACAAGAUGAUGAUGGUGAUAAUGAUAAUGAUUUCGAUUCAGUGCCAACAUAUUGUGGGACUGAUGAUGAUAAACCAUCACCUCAUCGAUCGCGCGACUGUAAUUUUUUUUCCUUAUUUUAA